AUGGCGAUGAAUCGUGUAGCCGCGUCUGCAAUUCGGGCAUUCGCUUCACCUGGAAAUUCAUCUUCAUUGAUUCUUAAUAGACAACUUUCCUCUUCUGGAAGCAAAAAGAUAGUUGGUGUGUUCUACAAAGCAAAUGAAUAUGCUUCCAUGAAUCCCAAUUUUGUUGGGUGUGCAGAAAAUGCCUUGGGCAUAAAGGACUGGUUGGAAUCCAAAGGUCACCACUACAUUGUCACUGAUGACAAAGAAGGCCCUAAUUGUGAACUUGAAAAGCAUAUUCCGGAUCUCCACGUGCUGAUAACCACCCCUUUCCAUCCGGCCUACGUUACAGCUGAAAGGAUCAAGAAGGCCAAGAAUUUGCAACUUCUGCUCACAGCUGGAAUUGGGUCUGACCAUGUUGAUUUGAAGGCUGCAGCUGCUGCAGGUUUAACGGUUGCAGAAGUCACUGGAAGCAACGUCGUGUCGGUUGCAGAGGAUGAGCUCAUGAGAAUCCUGGUUCUUUGCAGGAAUUAUCUGGCGGGAUACAAUCAAAUUUGCAAGGGUGACUGGAAUGUUGCAGGUUGUUCUUAUAGAGCUUAUGAUCUUCAAGGAAAGACUGUGGGAACUGUUGGUUGUGGACGUAUUGGUAAGCUUUUGCUUCAACGGUUGAAGGCUUUCGACUGCAAUCUACUGUAUCAUGAUCGGCUCAAGAUGGAUGCGGAAAUGGAGAAAUUAACAGGGGCAAAGUAUGAGGAGAAUAUGGACUCCAUGCUUCCCAAAUGUGACAUAGUUGUCAUCAACACACCUCUUACCGAGAAAACCAAAGGGAUGUUCGACAAAGCUAGGAUUGGUAAGCUGAAGAAGGGAGUUCUAAUUGUUAACAAUGCUCGAGGAGCAAUCAUGGAUACACAAGCUGUUGUUGACGCUUGCAAUAGCGGACAUAUUGCUGGUUAUAGUGGAGAUGUUUGGAAUCCACAACCAGCUCCAAAGGACCACCCUUGGCGAUACAUGCAAAACCAAGCUAUGACCCCUCAUUUUUCUGGCACUACAAUUGAUGCUCAGCUGCGAUACGCGGCGGGAACGAAGGACAUGCUGGAUAGGUGGUUCAAGGGAGAAGAUUUUCCAGCUCCAAAUUACAUUGUCAAGGCUGGUGAACUAGCAAGCCAGUACCGUUAAUGGGAGAUGAUGGUAGCAAGGCUUGUGCUCAAGUUGUUCUCACAUUUUGAUCUUGAACUAAAAGAGGUCUGCAUCUGCUGCUUGACUUUGUUGUCAGCAAGCAAGUAUAAAUAAUAUAUACACUGUUCUAUUAUUAUAGAGCUGCAAGGAGUGAUCAACGCAUGCAAUUGUACCAAUCUCUCACCCAACUUAAUAAUAUAUACAUCUUUUAUUAUAUAGCAUGGUAUUUUGUUGAUGCAUUGCGUUUAUGAUUUUGAGAGAAACCCUCCAUUGAGCAACAAUUUAAAGCUAUCCCAAUGAAUAAGUUUAGUCCUAUUUUUUUUUUUUUUUUUAUUAUAAUGAUCAAGACAGUUUUACCAUUUUUAUGACUCGUUUCAGACUUCGAUUUCAUGAAGUUUGUAAGCUUAAGAACUCUCAAUGAAAAAUACAACCAUCACUAAGCUCUCACAGUUCAAUAUAAACAUAAACUAUUUUUCUACAGUACAGUUGGUUUUUUAGUGAUAAUUCAACUCUAAUUUUGACAGUAACUCAUGAAUAAUGAUGUUAAAAGGCAUUGCUUAAAAUACACUUA